UUACAAAUUUUUCCGGAUUUAAAAUACCAGAAUUGUCACGGAGAAGAAAGAAAAUUGCUGAAUUUUACGCAAUUCUACGCCAUUAAAAGCCAUUGUCCAAUGAAAUGCGAAUGUUUCCGGGAAAACGACGACCUCAGAGUCGAUUGUAAUCGAAAGGAAAUGAAGAAAAUACCCGAAUUUCUGAUCGAAAAUGCGACGGUCGUCGACUUGAGUAAUAAUUACAUAAGAGAAUUGUCAACUGUGGAUUCUCGAACGUGGAGCAAAGUCAGUCGUCUGCACCUGAGCAAUAAUUCUCUAUUGCAUUUUCCGGAUUGUGUUUUUUUGCCAAACGUAAAAUUUCUUUCAUUGGACGGAAACCGAUUAACUGAAUUGCCUUCCGGAUUAAUGAAUCUGAUCGACGUUUCUGCUGAAUUCACGGUGUACUUGUCGAGAAACAAUUGGUCUUGUGAUUGCCAUUCGCGAUUCACUAAAGACUGGUUGCUUCGAAACAAAAUGAAAAUUGCAGAUUUCUCGGAAAUUUCAUGCGAAAGAAAUUCGUCCGUUUUUUCUUUCACCAGUAUUAUUUCUAAUAAUCAAUGCAUGCAAAUUUCAGAAGAUAAUUUGAUGUCGAAAGAAAAUGUUUCUUGUACGAAUGGUGUGUGUUAAGAAGAAAUUUCUUCUACUUUUGGAUGGAAAAUAUGUUUGCUUUUCUACUGUUGUUCAGUUGGAUUAUGUUUGCUUUUUUUGUUUAUUGUCGUAAAAAAGAAAUGUAGAGAAAGUGGCAGAGCUCAAGGAAGAAGAAGUGAUUUAUUACAACGUUUACAACUUACAAUUUCUGUCAAUUCAAAUACAUGUAGUUUGAACGGUUUAAUGAAUAAUUUUCCACAAAAUGUUGUUGUUUCGCAUUCGCUUGUACAGAAAUUAAUUUUGUACACUUUCAAAUAUGCUGCGCUUUGAUAGUGAAUUUUGAUUAUGAAUUAUGUAGAAUAAUGUUUAUUAAUUACGUAAUAAAAUCAGUGAAUUUAGAA